UAUAUAUAAAACCUCUCAGUUGUACACAGCUUUUCUCUUCUCAUAUCACACACUAGCUAGCAGCAAAAAGUAAUCUCUCUCCCAUAUCACACAAAAGAGAGGGAAGAAUAAGAAAAACACAACAUGACAACUUACGGCACAAAUCCGACGUCGCCUAACGACUUAGCCCCCAAACUCGAGUACAUCACCCGCGGCAACAACCAACACAACGUAAGAUCCGGCCUCGCCACACGCCGCCCUUGGAAGCAAAUGCUCGACCUCCGUUCCUUCAACUUCCCGCGCAAACUAGCCACCGUGAUCUCCAGAGUCAGAGCCAACACCGUCUACUUCCAGACCAACUACACCAUAGUCUUCCUCUUCUCCGUGUUCCUCAGUCUGAUUUGGAACCCCUUCUCCCUCCUAAUCCUACUCGCCCUGCUAGGUGCGUGGCUUUUCCUGUACUUCCUCCGUGACGAACCGCUCGCUGUAUUCGACCGCGAGAUCGACCACCGUAUUGUACUCAUCGGCAUGUCCGUUCUCACUCUCUCGAUCCUUUUCUUGACCGACGCUAAGCUCAAUAUCGCGAUAGCCAUCGUGGCGGGUACGGUUUCUGUGUUGUCUCACGCAGCUGUUAGGAAAACUGAAGAUUUAUACAACCAAAACGACGAAAAAACCAGUCUUUUAAACCCCUAAGAAAAUGAUCGUCAUUUGUUAGAUUAUUUCGCAUUAUGACUAUGAUUGUUCGUUUGAUUCAACGUUAUGAAAACUAAAUAUUAUAACCAUGAUUGUACGUUUAUGAGCAUUUAAUUACGUAUGUGUUUCUCGUUGUGACCU